AUGGGUAAACAGCAGCAGCAGUCGAGAUUCAUAUUGCUCUUGUUCACUCUUGGUCGCUGGUUGGAUGUGAACCAAAGCUAUAACGCUGUGUUUAAUUAUUGUAAUCGUAGUGGUAUGGAGAUGACGACUGAGCAGCAAGCUGUGUCCUAUGUUCUGGCUACUGGUAAUGACUUCUUCUUGUUGUU